AGCAUCCCCUCCUACGCCUUCAACCGCGUCCCCUCCCUGCGCCGCCUGGACCUGGGCGAGCUGAAGCGCCUGGAGUACAUCUCGGAGGCGGCUUUCGAGGGCCUGGUCAACCUCAGGUACCUCAACCUGGGCAUGUGCAACCUGAAGGAGAUCCCCAACCUGACGGCCUUGGUGAGGCUGGAGGAGCUGGAGCUGUCGGGGAACCGCUUGGGCAGGGUCAGGCCCGGCUCCUUCCAGGGCCUGGGCAGCCUGAGGAAGCUGUGGCUGAUGCACGCGCGGGUGGCGGCCGUGGAGAGAAACGCCUUCGACGACCUGAAGGCCCUGGAGGAGCUCAACUUGGCCCACAACGAGUUGGCCUCUUUGCCCCACGACCUCUUCGCCCCUUUGCACCGCCUGGAGCGGGUCCACCUGCACCACAACCCCUGGCGCUGCGACUGCGACGUCCUGUGGCUCAGCUGGUGGCUCCGGGAGACCGUGCCCAGUAACACCAGUUGCUGCGCCCGUUGCCACGCGCCCCCGGCUCUGCGGGGUCGGUACCUGGGGGAGCUGGAACCCGGGCACUUCACCUGCUACGCCCCGGUCAUCGUGGAACCUCCCGCCGACCUGACCGUCACCGAGGGGCUGGCGGCAGACC